AUGGUUAGCUUAUCGCGAACAUUUUCACACAAAUAGAGUCAAUUUCAGAAAAUCAGACUGUUGUGUCUCACUUUCAUUUUGGCUGUUCGUUGCCAAUUCGACGAGAAGACCAAGGAAAGUGUGUGCAAAAACUAUCCGUGCCAUCCGCAUACGGAAUGCCAAGCCAUUCUGAGAGCAAAGGAAGGAAAUUCCGAGUGGUACUACGAGCCGCUUUGCAUGAAAGGUAUUCGGAAUCAGAUCGAUCUCUUUGACGCACCGGAUACUUGUUCAGUUCCCUCUUGCGCCACAAAACAAUGCGAUCCCGGGGAGAAGUGCGUGAUGAUAAAGGUACAGUGCCGUCUGACUCCGUGUUUCAAGCUCCCCACGUGCCUUCCGGAUGUCAACGACGCCUCCCCCGAAUACCAGAUGCCGCCGGCGCUUUUAGUGCGAAAAUAA